AUGUUCAGCCCUCAGCAGCGCCGUAUUACCAGAGCUUUGGCUCAUACGAAUCAAGAAGCUAAUAGUAUAGUCGAUGAAAAUCUUCCACAACCACUAAGAUAUUUUUAUCGAGAUAGACAGCAAGAUAUGACCGAUCAAUCAGAACCAAUGGAUAUUGACGAACCAGUUGUGCCAGAAACAUCAGAACCCGUCGUUGUAGAUAAUGUUGUAAUAGAACAAAAUAUGAUGAGUUUAGAUCAACCCACAGAUGUUGAGGCUAAUAAUGAUGGAAACAACGCCGAACAGGAUAAUGUUCCAGAGGAGGUAUUGGAGCACGAGACUGAUAGCGAUGAAGAAAACGAGGAUGGAGUUCCGCGAAACGAUAGUUCAAUGAAUGAGGAAACAGAGGAGAUAGUAAAUCCAAGAGUUUUCCUGUCCCAGGACAUUAGGGAAACUCUCCGGGCCGUAAUCCAAACAAACGCAAAUAGUGAACAAUUGGGAAAACUUGCCAAUUUCUUCUUGAUGCUUGAACGAACCGCACUUACCGAUUGGAAUCUUGAUUUGCUCAUCAGCAAGUUGGCACAAAUAGUAAAGAAUGUAAACUCCGAUGGCGGAAUGCCGUUCGAUCUAAUGUUUGGUCAAAGUGAUAUUGACCCGCUCGUACUGCAAAGUAUCCUGGAAUCAAAUAUGUCUCAGAAUGAUCCUAACAUAAUCACGAUGGCAACUAGAUGCCUUGGAAAUUUGGUUACUGCACUAGGAGACAGCGCAGGGCAUAUGGUCGGCAAUCCUAUCAAAGAGCGAGUGGUGCCUCUGUUCUGCGAUAUUUUGGUCAAAGGGCCUCAGACCAACGAUUCAGAACACCUGAAAGAUAUAAUAAUGGCUUUAUAUCAAUUUACGAGGCAUAACCGAGUUGACUGUACUGGCAUCAUCGUCGAGAAGCAUGUUUUUCCUCACAUAUGGACAUCAAUAUUUCCUUUUCUUACCGACAAUGAUCGAAUACUUCCAAUAAAGUUACUGUCCAGUUGCUGUCAAAGAGCUCCCCUAGAAUCCUUCUCAACGUUAUUGGACGAGGCCAUAAACGUUCCCGAUUUUCAGAGUUUGUUUGCCGAUCAUGAAUUGCCAGAUUUUUUCAAGUUGGGAAUUGGAAAAGCUAUUUAUGAGGCUCUGACGCAUAAACCCGCUUCGUUUAUCGACGACAAUGAUUCGGUUAAAGUUAUGAUCAAGAAAGUGCAAGAGGACCUAUCCGAAGUCGAAGUGAUAUCUUUGCAACCGCAUAACCUUUACAGACAAAUUUUUCUUUUCAUUCUAGCACUUUUCCCGGCUCUCCCAAGAUCAGGCUCACGACAGAUUAAUCACGUCGCCUCUGAUACAUUAUCAACCUCAACAGGAAGCACCGAAGCUUCAAACUCAAGGGAUAUGGUGGUUGAUUCCGAGGAAAGCUCUGAUUCAUUACAAUCAAACGAGAAUGCUGAAUCAUUGCAGUUUAAAAAGUCUAGCAAGCAACUUGCAUGUUUACUGGUGCCGACGUUGAUAAAAGCUUACCGAGGGACCGAGAAUUGGGAAUCGAGGAAACUGAUAGUAGCAAUUAUCUUGGCAUUUGUACUAUACUUGGAUGACGAUCUGAUGUGUGAAAUAUUGCAGCAAGCUUCUAUUGAAAAGUUUUUGAGGUGCGUUUUUACAGCUUCAAGCUAUAUUAACAAGAUGAAUAGUCAUAUAUUAGAUUUGCAAACGUAUGCUCUUGAGAUUGUAGCCCAGUGCUUGCAGAGCUGGGGAAAAUGUUUUGAUGAUAUAUUCAAUCGAUCGGGAGUACUUGAUCAAGCCAUCAAGCUCAAUGAAGAGCAAUUGACAAAAAAGCCGACAGUCUAA